AAUAAUAAAAAGAAUGAGUUUCCGAAGCCAUUUUUGGUGUGGUUGCUUGUUGUUGGUAGCCAUGGCGGGUAUGUGGGAGGGCGGGCAGGGGCAGGGGCAGGAGCAGGAGCGAGAGCUUCUGAGUCUGAAUCUGGAUCCGAAUAUGGGAGACCUGUGCGGAAAGGCAGAGUACCCGGUUUUGUGUCGAUCUGUGGUGAAGGGUCUGAGUAAGCCAUCUGUAGCCUUAGAAUCCGCGAUCAGGCAGUUGAUGUUGCAAACAAAAAUGGCGAGGACUACAGCCAAGAGGCUGAGGAAGUCACCGGGCAUGGAGGUAUGCUCCGAGACAUACAAAGACGCCUUCGGCAACCUCAAGACUUGCCUUUCGACCCUCAAAACCGGAGACAAACCUACCCUCAACAUCAACCUCUCUGCAGCUUUGACCGGCUACGUCACCUGCGACGAUGCGGUGGCCGAGAGAGGCGGCACUUCUCCCGUAACCCGAACAAACCUUACACUCCGCCAAAUGGCCACCAACUGUUUGUACUUGUCUAGUUUGAUUGGCGUUCGCUGAAACAUUUGUUUGGAAUAGUUUUAGUUUUAGUUUUAGUUUUUAUUUAUUUAUUU